GUGGAUUGAAAUGCAAAAAAACCCAACAAACCAAAACAAACAAACAAACCGAAAAAGAAAACUUUUCCCCUCGCUUCCUCCUCGCAUGCCAUCCAGGGCAACAAAGUAAAACGCGCUGUAUAAAAAAGUGGCAAAAUGAAAAGCGUUAGAAGGUAAUUCCUCGGGGCUUUCUACCCCGCCUAGGGGGCGCCGCGUUCGGCUCCGCUCGGCUCCGCUCGGCUCCGCUCGGCCUCACUCGGUUCUACUCGGCUCUUCUCGGCUCUUCUCGGCCCCUCUGUUCUUCGCCCUGCCCUUUCUUUGACGUCACUCGCCGGUCUCCAGGCAACGGCCCUGGAGCGCCGCGAGCCGGGCUGGCGUUGGCGGUCCGGUCAUGGCUCUGCCGCUGCUGCCCGGCUUCUCCGUCGGCCGGAACGUGAGUGUUAGGGAAAGAAAAGUUCCACAAAUCCCAGCACUGGGGCUACUGCAAUAAUGUUGCUAUGCUGCUUGCAGAAGAUAAACCUGGAAUAGGAGGUGAACCAUUACCUGGACAGAAGCUGAAACCUAAAUCCAGCGUGUUUCCUGCAGAGCUUGGAUGUGGUGCUCCCGCCUGGAUAGCAUUUGACAAGCAGGUACUGUCUUUUGAUGCCUAUUUUGAGGAAGAAGUGCCAGAUAAAAAUCAAGAACUAUAUAGAAUAAGACACUGUAAAAUAUACUUCUACCUUGAAGAUGAUACAAUUCAAGUGGUUGAACCCCAAAUGAAAAAUAGCGGCAUAAUUCAAGGAACUAUUGUUCGACGUCAUCGGAUUCCACUUCCAUCUCCUAAUGAAGAUCAGUUCUAUACUAUAGAUCAUUUCAAUAUCAACACUGAAGUAAUCUUUUAUGCUCGAAGAUACAAGAUUAUAGAUUGUGACCAGUUCACAAAAAAUUUCUUGAGGAAGAUGGGAUUUAAAUUAAAUCCUCCAGGAAAUUGUCCAGAUGACCCAUAUACCAAAGAGCGGCAAAAGAUCCUAGAUAGCAUGAACCCAUUGCGCCCUUAUGAGCGCAUUGACACUUUGAAACAAUUUCUGGAGCAUGAUGGGCAUGUUUUACGCUUUUAUUGUGUGUGGGAUGAUCCAGAAUCCCUGUUUCAUGACCCACGGGAGCUCGUUCUGCACUAUUAUUUGUCUGAUGAUACUAUUGAUAUAAAAGAAGUUAUACCGGUAAACUCAGGCCGGGAUGUAGUUCCACUUUUUCUCAGAAGAGAUAAGCUUCCAAAGUAUGCUCCAACUGGUUUGUAUCAGCCAGGCACAAUCACCAGUCGCACUGUUCUCAAUGUAUUUGGAAAUUUAGUAGGAAAUAGAGGCCGUUACAUUCUGGACAAUCGUAAGACAGGAGCAGUGCAUCAGGAAUUUUACAGAGACAGCGACCUGAAAAUAGGGGCAGUAAUUAAUGUUUGGGGAAGGCAGAUAAUGCUGUGUGAUUGUGAUGAAUUCACUAAAGAUUAUUACAGGACAAAAUAUGGAAUUGAGGAUUUCACCCCAGUUCCAUAUAAAGCUCCAUCACCUCCAAAAGCAGAAAAACCUAUUCCACCGUAUACUGGAUUUGGUUCUGAAGAGGAUUCCCUGUGCUCCUGCAUGAGUUUGCUUCCCAAGCCUCCCCAAAAAGAUUUCAAGAAAUUCAUGGAAAAAGACAGAUGUGGUCUUGAAAGUAACACACUGCGCUUUCUUGCGAAACUUGCUACUGAAAAUCCUAUUGACAAGGAUCGGAAAUUCAUUAUUUGUUACUUCCUGAGUGAUGAUACUAUUUCUGUUUUUGAACAUACACAGCGGAACACAGGGAUACUUGGUGGGAAGUUCUUGGAAAGAAGUCGCAUUAAAAAGCCUGGGCAGGAGCUCUUUAAGAGUGAACCAUCUGAAUACUUCAAGGCUCAGGAUCUGUUUAUUGGAGCCAGAGUUUGUUUCCAUGGCCACAACUUUCUUUUGGUGGAUGCUGAUGAAUACACUAUCAACUAUAUGGAGAAGCAUGCAAAUGAGUUCGCUGUGGCUGAUACUGGUUUCAUCUUCAAGAAACUGAAAGAUAUAGCUGAACCUCGUUCCCGAGAAAUCAGACAGGUGUUUGCAGCUGCUGACCCUCAGCAUACCAAGGUGAUAGAGUAUGACCCUUUCAGAAAUUUGAUAGUCAGUAUCACGGAUGGAGCGUUUUCAGAGCAUGAGAUUAUGACUCUUGGACGCCAUUACAGAGAGAAAGAAGAAUAUGAAAUGGACCACUACUUCCUCCUUGCAAAGGCUCAAGAACAACUAAAGAAAAAUACUUUUGAGAAUUUUGAACAACUAUCGGUAGUACUUGCGUACAAUGACCAUGAAAAAUGCGGAGUGUUACCCUAUGAGACCUGCAGGACUGUUUGCAAGUCCUUCAAGUUGCCAUUGUCUGAUGAUCUUCUACAAACUAUACUGACCAUGUUUGAAGAUGACCAUAAGCAAGUGGAAUAUAAAAAGUUUGUGGAUGCAGUGAACUGGAGAGAGAAUCAAAUCCCUGCUUUCCAGACAAUAAAGCUUCCUCCUCAGAAUGAAGAUGACUGGAACGGACAGCCACCAUUCCUUCCCGUGAAAAGAAUCAAAUACUUGCUUCUCCUGGAUGACCUGUUUGGCAAAGAAGAAUGAUCCAAACUGUGAAAGUCACUGUUUUUGUAUUAGUGUUUCUGCUCCAACACUUACUUAGAUAUUGAAGACCUGUCAGGUUAAACAAAAACAAGACAGAUGCAGGUUUUAUUACAUUUCUUACUUAAGCAUAUAUACGUACUUUGUGUUUUUUUUAACUCCUAAAUCAACAGUACUCUUUAAUGCUUAUGUGAGCACAAUUGAAACUAUAAUCAGAUGGUCAGAUGGAGAAUGUACAAGCAGCAGCAAUUGCUUGAGUCAAAUACAGCAAAAUCAGACUGACCUUACUUUGUUCUGCUGACAGAGGAGGUUGUUGGAUGACCUCUUGUAAUAUUAAGUCAGAUAGAAUUGGUUCAGUAAGAUAAUUCUCUUCACACUUCGUCCGUUGCUUUUUAUCUUCUGUCUGUUUUUUUGCUAUACCCAUAUAGUAAUACUUAGGUGCUAUGCGUGUCGAAGUUUGUUGUUUUACAGAGGAAGUAGUUGCAAGAUUUUAGAACAAUGUCAGUUUGCUCUGGUAUGGGUGAUAAUUAUAACCUUGUAACAUAGAAGUAAAUUUCUUGCAGGCCAUGUACAAAAGCUAUCAACUCUUGGUUUUUGUUUUAGAUGCAACUCAGAUUGGUAAGUGCUCAGUUUUACUCGGGUAAGGCAUGAAUGAAGAAAAGGUAUUCUGGUUCCAUCUUAGUGAACUUCUUUCUUAUUGUGGCACUGAACUUGUCCUUAGAAAAUUGAUACCUUUCUCUUUGUUCAAAAUGGUGGUAACUAAGUGGAGCUCCUGUUAACAUUUUUGUAUUUUUAAGCUUGUGUCAGCUCAAAGCCACGGUUAGAUCUCAAUUUAAUGUAUGAGUUUGUGAGAAAAGGAAUUGCUUCUAUUUAAAGGAUGCAAGAGCUGUGGAAAAGGGAGGAGCUGACGCACCCACAGUGACUCCAUGGUGAAGGGAUUUGGUAUGAGUCUGCUGCUGAGAAGCUCACACAGUCAGUAGACUGAGAACCCUGUGCAUUCUGUAAUCCAAAAUUGCAAUUUGAUGAGAAAGCUUGAUGCAAAAGGAUGAGAAUUAAGCGUUUUAAAAUCCCCAGACUGAGAGAAAAACAGUAGUUCAAAGAAUAAUUUGAGUUUUUUUAAACUUACUGAAGUACUCAAAAUUGUAGACAAGACUAUGUACUACGUUUUAUUCCAAAAGAAGAAAAUAGUUUCUUACAUGACAAGAAAAUUAUCUCAUUGUGGGGAUUGUGUCAGGAGCCAAAACAGUAACAGAUUGCAUUUGGAACUGUUUGAUAAAAGCUGAAGCUUUUUAAACAUGGCAGCAAAACAGGGUUUGGCACUUCAAAUGAAUGCAGUUGCCCUCAUAACUUUUUAAUGUGCCCAGUCUUCAUCAGGAUAUCUUUCAGUUGUUGAGAUCUUGUACAGAUGACAGUUUUGAAGGAAGAGAGUUUCUGAAGGUUGAAUUUGAACAUUUAAAACUUCCCAAGUAGCUUUUAGAGACAGGAAAUUUCCUUUAUAUGAAAAGGAAAAAGGUUAAAAAACAAACAAACAAAAGCAUAACAAAUGUCAUACCAUUUUGUGUACAAUCCCAUUUGUAGAUCUGAUCAAUCAUGGUCUGGUCAUGGUCGAGAAUGCUGACUGCAAACUGGAUCCUGUGCAGAGAAGAACUAGAAAAGUGGCCAGGAGAACAGAAAUAAAGAAGACAGAAGUGUGGCUUAUUUAGGGAAACAAAAUGGAGGCUCAAGGAGAAUGUGGUUGCCAUUAGAGAAUUUGUUAUGGGUAUGUAAUACAAGCAAGGAAAAUAAUCAUUCAGUUCAAAACAUUCAGAAAAAGUAGGUAUGGUUAGCCAUAAAUUUAAACUGGACAGUAAAAGAUGGUUUCCAACCUUCUAAAACAAAAAGGGUCCAUACAGGCUUCCAAGAGCAAUGAACCCAGUUAAUUUUACCAUUAAAGAUGGAUCAUCUGAUAAGUGUAAUUUUAGGAUAUAUUGCCUGUGAUACUGAGGACUAUUUCUGGUAUUGAAUGAUUCCCCCUCUGCAGAGCCCAUGGAAUGAGGAUUUUUUUUCUUUUAAAAGUAAUAUGGAAUUAUCUGAUUUCUGAUGUUUCAGUAUUUCCUAUUGGUACUCUGCAUAUUUUGUUCACACCAUUCUGAGUUUUGCUUCCCACUUCUUUUUCUCCUUUUUUCCAUGUAUUACUCAUAACUCCACUGAGCACAAAAGGAUCUCCCAGGAGCAGAGCAGACAGGGACUGAAAAAUAUUUUCAGUGCUUGUCACUGCGCUCACAGUGUGUCAUAUGCUGUGGUCUGCUGUGUUGUAAACACAUUUCAAAAGGUUUUAUUUUUUACAAGCAGCAGCGCUUCCAGAAGGAAAAGCUCCAGCCAAUGAGCAGUCCAAGAAUACUCUUUGUAUACUGUGACUUGCAGCGUAUGCUGCCCAGGAUAUUUCAACCUCUCCUCUAAUCCUGCCACCAGCUUCUCUCUUUUCACAUUGCUGAUGGGGGACCUGAAUGAAGACAAUACCACAAGAUAAUGUUUCAAGAUGGCAGGAGGCCACAGCUUUAAAGCAUGCAUUGCAUAAAGAGAAAGCAGCCCUCACAGUUGCCAUUAAUCUCAGCUCUCUAUCUCUGUAGGGGAGCCAAAGAUAUCUUCUUUCCGCAAGUAUCUGAGCCUUCCAUGGCAGGAGCGAAGAGAUUCACAUUACGGUACUGCCUCCCCUUCUCCCUGCUGGGGUCUGCUGUGCGUUCAGUGUUAAUUUUCAUUUCCUGAACUUGGCAUUUGAGAAUAGAAGGCUUAAAGUUUUCUGCAAUAGCUGCUGCAGCAAGAACAGCAGCGAGGAUCUAUCCUUGCAUGCAGAUGGUGCACCGCUUAGCUUGCAACUUUGCGUCCAUUUUUGCCUGUGUCCAGUUAAGUACUUGCUCUGCUCACCUGCAGGCAGGCUCCCACAGACGUGGUAGGCUCAAGCAGUAACAGACAAUUGAACUUACUGCUGAGAAAAAUAAAGUUCCUCCAGGUAAUAUUUUUCUGCGUCCUGCCUUUGCUGUAUUUUCCUAGGUAGAGCCAUUUGUGCCAAUGUCGGACAGAUCAAGUCUUUUUCAUUUACAUAAAUGAGAAGAUGUUGAAAGCUUACUUCUGCAUUUGUUCCUUGUGUUGAUGGGAAUUAAUCCUACUUCACAGCAGGAAAGCUCUUCACAGAAAAAAAAACCUAGGCUGUUGAAUCCCAAGUCCACUCUGUGCCUUAGCACAGGAUACAGUUUUGUUGCUCAUUUUCCGUGGGCAAACUGCAGGGAUCCUAAUUCCACAAAAACAAAAGAAAAUAAAUAACAGAAGUUUUCAGUCACUUGGCAGCAGUCAGAGAACAGCAAUCCUUAUACAGCUAAUAAUAAUUUUUUGCCUCUUGCUUGCUGGACCCUUCUGCAUGUCCCCAUGGUUUGAGACCAGCAAUUAACAAUUAGAAAAAAUGACCUGUGUUUCAACAUCUUAUACUCAGAUAAAGGUUAUUCAGUGAUGUGGAGAGAUGCAUUAGUUCUUUAAGCAAUAAUGUCCUGUACCCUCCACAGUAGUGUAUCCAUUGCAUACACGUUUCUUCCUCUUGAGGUGGCUUAGCUCUUCUCUUCUCUUCUGGCUCAGGCGCAAAUACAGAAAGUCCAAGGGCAAUGAGAAAGAAAAAGCAAUAACAUGUUUAGAAAGAAGUUACAAUUACCAGGAAGAAGAAAAUACUACACUCUGAGCUCAGUCUGAUUUUAAAAAUCAUUUUUAGGUUUUGGAGGUCAGAAUUUUAAAGGAAUUUUAGAACUAUCCUGGAAAAAAAAAAAAAUCAAGCACUUCCUUAAAUUGCAAUUUUCUCUGAAUUAAUUUCUUAAUGUUGUUUGUAUCAGUUGGUUACUAAGGCCCAGGUGGAAGCUGAACUCUUUCCAGGCAAUGACCAGACAACCCAGAAAGGGCUGUGGGGGCACAUCCCUGUCCCUACCAGUUUCCAAUGUGAAGUUUAAAUCCAGUGAGGGAGUAUAAUCAAGAAGAGGAAGUUAAUACAGGCACAGUUUAUUAAAGAUAUAGAUUUUUAUAUAAACUCUUUCUCUGCACAUUUGAGUAUUUCUGAAUCAUCUGGAAGUUUUUCCUGGCAUGUAUUGUGCAUAAAUAAGCUAGCUGUCCUGGUCUGCCCUUCUGACAGGCCAUCUAUCCUCUUUGCUCUCUUCCUCCAACAGGCUAGUUUCAUAUUAAGACCUACAGUCAAAGAGAAGUGAAGGAGCUGAUUCAACUUGUCUGAUGCUGAUCCCAGACAGGCAGCAUGGGAGGAUGAUCUGUAACCGCGUAAAUUAAUUGCACAGCUUAAUAGUGCUUGAGAGAGCUCCCACUUUCAAAAAAAUCAGUUGGAAGAAGGUCAUUGUCCUGAAAGCCAAAAGGAAGACCUUUUGCAGAGUGGCUACAGUGGAUGGGAUGCAGCCUUCUCUGUAUUAGUGUGAAGCAUACCCUCUUUCUCUUCUGCUGUCUCCAGUGCCAAUGUGCUGUAGCUCUCCUGAUUCCUUACUUGCCAGUGGAAGGGUAGGAGGCACUGACUUGCCCACAGGGAUGUCCAUUGGAAGCAUUUUAUCUUAACAGCCCCUUCUUCCUACACUGACAGCUAGGUGCAAAUGGCUGCGUUGCUGUUAGGUGAGAUUAAUUCCUUCCUUGGGUGUAGAUCAACACAAUUAGAGGAAUGCUGUCACCAGGCACGGUGACGCUACGUGGCCGCAGUGCAGUGACAGUGGUAUGUGUGGGAGGGCUGAGGAUGGUCCAGGUUGAGCUGGGCAGGUCAUGAUCCCAUAUCCUUAAUAUGCAUGUGAUCCAUCCCUUGGGCUGUUCUGUAUUUUAGACUGAUGGCUAUGCUUCACCUGAUCUCGCUGCCCACAGCUUGGUUCAGGCUUGGGAUGGUGGGUUUUGGUCAAAUUCCAGCUAGGCAAACAUAAAAACUUGGGUGGAUGUAAACGGAACCUGGAUUUCUCCUAUUAGAGCUCUCUGAGAAUCUGCUUUAGCAAAGCAUUUAAGUGUAUGUGUAAGUCUGUCCCUUUUGUAUAAAGAUAUUGAAGUGUGUGCAGAAGGCUUGCUAAAAUCAGUCAAAUGAAGCACUGGUGGGAAUGCUUACUGACAAAGACAGUUUCCUCAUUUGAGUCAGUUAGGAAUUAAAUCACUGUAAUAAAAAAAUCCCCACCAGAUGAGAAGGUAGCAGUGAAAGGAGGCAAUAUAGAAUUGUCUGGACAUGUUUAUGCAGGCUAUAUAUUGUCUGUUGUUAUUGUAGUUCUUUUGCAAUAUAAGCUAGCAAUUAGCAAUUAAAUUCCCAUUAUGGGAUCAUGUUGGUGAUUGAGAUAAACUGUAAAUACGUAACUGUUUUAAACCUUUCUUUUAACUAACCUAAAUGCUACAGUACUUAUAUAAUUUGGAGAUAAUAUCCCCAUUAGUAGAGUUUAUGACUCAAUAAACAGCUCCCACAAGUUAAUAAAAAUCAAAACUGUAAACACCAAGACUAUUAAUGCAAUAGAAUUUCUGUGCCUCCCUCUUCUCUUGGUGGUCUAGAUAGAGCAAAGGGAAAUGCUAUCUCAGAAAAAAAACAUUUAUUCUGGCUGUAUAAAUAUAACUGAAUUGUCUUAAAACCCAUCUGGAAAUUUCCUAUCCUCCCCAUGUCCCAGGUGGUCUGGCAAGAGCGAUGCAUUAUGCUUUUGUCCGCAGGCAAGAGAAAGAGCUCCCAUUGGAAAUAAUUUACAUGAAAGGAUUGUGCAUAAAAGCACUGGUGGUAGCCUCACCCCGUCUCUCCCUUUUGGAGAUAUCUUCUGUGGAGUUAGCUUUCACUGUACUUUUAUAUUAGCAUUAUUAUUUUGUUUUUAAAGGAAAAGCAGUGUUAAAGUGCCUGGACUCACCAUUUUUGAACUUCUCUUCUGGCAUUAUUUUCCCCCAUUUUGACAGCUAAAUGAAUUCUGGGAGAGGACGCCUUUGUGCCUGGAGGUUAGUGCAAGCAGAUCUAUUGUAGCUCAAGGCUCUUUCCUUCUUCAGCUGAGGAAAAUUAUUAAUUAAGCCAUUUGCAAAAAAAAAACAUUUUUUUUUUGUCUAAAAGAGCUUUAUUUUGCAGCGUGGUAGGGUGCCAUUCUGUUUGGCAAACAGUUACACAAUGAACCACAUUUAUCUGUUCCCUAAUUUUCCUGCUGAAGGACAUUUCUUCCUGUGUUAUUGAAAUCAUAUUGUCUGAAUGCAUCAAAAUAAAGCUUUUGCCCUCGAGUAUGUUCUAGUGGACAUGAAAUGCCAGAGGUAUGCAGUAUACCAGCCGGUCUUGCAUUCAAUAAUGCAUCACUGGGAGACAUUAUUGCUCUCUUCAAAUACCUGAAAAGUGAUUACAGUGAGAGUCUCAUUCACUCACUUUCUUCUCACUAGUGACAGGUGACAGGAUGAGGGGAAACGGCCUCAAGUUGCUCCAGGGGAGAUUUAGGUUGGAUAUGAGGAAGAACUUGUUUAUAGAAAUGGUUGUUAAGCACUGGAAUAGGCUCCCCGAGGAGGCGGUUGAGUCAUCAUCCCUGGAUGUGCUUAAAAAUCCUUUGGAUGUGGUGCUCAGGGACAUGAUUUAGUGGAGGAUUGUUAGAGUUAGGGUAGUAUGGUCAGGUUGUGGUUGGACUUGAUGAACUUGAAGGUCUUUUCCAACCUGAGCAGUUCUAUGAUUCUAUCAUGAGGAUGAAAUACAUUUUCAACUUGUUUCACUGUUGCAUUAUUUCUUCUGUUUUGCCACUUGUAUGGGAGCCUAUUUCCAGAGGAAACAACUCAGGCGGCUGUUGAGAUUCACGCCUUUCCUCUCUUGGUGGUUGGCUCUAUAACCCUCAUGCCUUCAAAGGGCUUGGCCUUUGGGAUCCCAGGAAAUCUCUUUUCUUUGCUUUUCUGCAAAACUAUGAUCAGUAUGAGCAAUGGUCUCCGCUGGGCUUCAGGCUGUUAGCGUUUCACAAGCCUUCCUACUUCACCGUGUAGUUUGGAGUUUCAAUAUCAGCAGUGUUGCAGAGGGGUGCACUCCUCAAGAACAUGCCUGUGCAUUCGUUCUGUGCUCACAUGUAAUGCUUAGCAGAGUUCCAUGGCCUCUCUGUAGUUUUGGGGAUGCCCCUUUUGGAUCCUAACGGCAACCACAUUCUGAAGACAACUCAACACCUGAAGGAAACGUAAAGCUUGACAUCCUAAUGAAGCAAAACUCCUUUUAAGAGGCAAAUGGCCACAAAGCACCUGAACCAGCAUUGCUGUGGUUGCCACUCGCUUCUGUGGGAGCAGGGUUUAGUUAUACUUUAAGGGAAAGGGAAAUUGUUUUUCUGCUUUUCUACUGUUGUAUACAAAAUCCUCAGUUCUCCAUGUGCCACAGCUGCAGCAGCCGAGCCUUUAAACUGGAUCAGCUCUUGCCAGGAGGAGCGGUGCCCUGGCUCUCAGCAAGGGAAGAGGCUGAAGGAAAGCCCCAUGCAGUCUGGAAGAAAUGAUCUUGAUUGUGGUGCCUGUUCCAUCCUGGAGUAGAGGAGGUUUUGCAUUUGAUGCAAAUGGCAUCCCCUCAGCCCUGCUCUGCAAAGCCCUGCCUGAACUUUUAUUAUUGGUGGCACCUGGAGAGCUAUCGAAGGAAUGAGUAUUAGCACCCAGCCAGUGGAGCAAGAGCUGCACUGCCAAUGUGUGACUGCUGAGGGAUGCUUCCCUCCUCCGCAUUCUUUUCAUAAAAAUAUCCCUUUUGGCAUUCGAGGUAUCUCUGCCUCAGUGUGCCAAAGGCCUCUCGUAUUGCAGGAGGUAAACUGUAAAUCUGAGUGUGAGAUGCAUCUUUGAGGGAAAUUGUUACUGCCCUUCUGGCAGAUAACAAUGCAGGCUUCAGGAAAAAUUGUUGGCUUUGUGCAGUAGACUGGAAUGCACUGAUUAGAACAAUGGUGGUAAAUGGGUUUAUUAAGUUAGUAUUGGGACUGUCACUUCUUCUCCAUCCUGUUAACAUCACUCACUGUAACUGCUUACUGUAGUACGUAAAGGAGAAAAGUCUGUCUUGGAGUCCUGCCAAGAGCAAAUGUGGGCUGCAUCGGGGCACAGUGCUUCUGAGAGUGGGGCUGUUUUAGGAAGGAUAAGAACAACUAGGAAAGACUCACUACAUCGAGAUCAUUACACUUACUUCAGCAAGUAAACUUGCAUUUACCCACUGAGAGCUCACAGCUUCUGUUUCAAGGCAGCCUGUGCAUGUCAGAUGGCUGAAGGAAACCCACUGAACAGCAAAUGCUAAAAUUGUACCAGCUCUGUACUGAGGAGGACCAGAAAGAUGGGGACAAAUGGAUGGUCAGCACUGAUUUUCUUUUAACAAUCAUGAAAUUAAACUUAUUUGGAUUUUAUUUUGGGGGCUACCUCUUGAUAUUGACUCUCUCUCAGUUAGGACUAGCCAUUGCUGUUCCUCACCCAGAGUGACAUCAGUGGUCAUCCGUACAAGGUGAAUGCUCAUGUUGUUAGCAAGGUGCUAGUUGUGCUUCUGCCAGGCAGCACUUGUCAUUCAACUGUAAAGAUUACAGUGUGUGUUUUUAACUUUUGAUUCAAAGUCUGUUGCUGUAAGUUGGACUGACAGUAAAACUUGCUUAUAGUUGCUACAGAAACAUCUUCAAGUUCGUUUCUUUGUCAUUCAAGUCACAGCACGGCUGUAAUUGUUCUCUUAAAGUGGGAUGUGUGAACCAUGAAGGGGUGCCAGUCACUGAUGUAAGAGCUGGCACUGAUCAAACACUCUGGCUUGAGUCUUACCAAUGGUUUUAAAGUAGCAGAGAGGUUUCUGCAGGUGCUGCUGCUGCAAAAUUGAAACAGCAUCAAUACGGAUUGAAAUGAUGUUCAAAGAAACCUCUUUGCUUAAACUUCUAGCAAUGAUUCAAUGCACUUUUCUGCUGGCAGUGAUACCCCUUCUUUGUUUAUUUGUUUUUAAUGUAUCUGCUAGUAGUACAUUGAUGGUCUCUGUAAUGAAACAAAAUGAUAGAAGUAUUGACCCAAUACUCAAAACUGAUUUAAAAAAAAAAAAACCUCCUCUAAAAAGGAAAUGAAAUGACAAACGUUUGGGUGUUUUUUCAGCCGUGAGAGUCAUUGAAAUCAUCCCUUGUUAGCAUGCCAAACAGGCAAGAAGAGAUGUUGUAAACAUUAACCUGUGUGGAAGAAGAGGCAUCUUGGAAUAGAUGUGUCUCUCAUGUAUUUGUAUGCCUAAAUGCUCCCCUGAAGAAGUAAUCAGGCAUAAAAUCACUCACCUCUCUUUGGGGACUGAGCUAAGAACAAACUUUCUAAUGGAUAAUUCUAAUAAUUAUUCUUCUGUGAGCAGAAGCAAAGCAGAUAUUUUGGAAAGACAGUUGCUAUUUCGUCAUUGUCCCUAUGUAGUGCUUGUAUUUUAGCAAGGUUUUGAGAGAAGCUUUGUGGUCUUGUUGCAGAAACACAACAGGAGACCAUUCAAAACCCUCAGAUACUGCCCUUGAAAUAGAUUGGAUAAAAAUUGGGAAGGGAUUCCAAGAAGUGAAGUGGAGUGACACAUCUGCAACUAGUACAGCAGAGUCAAAGCAAAAUCCUGCCUUUCCAAAACUCCAAAUAGCACCUUCUCCAAUGGGCUUUAUCUUUUCCUUUUCUCCUUAUAAUUUUUGGGUCUGCAGCACAUGUAACUUCUUUGGAGAGUGGGCUGUCUUUGCCCAGAAGUUGUGAGCUUGGACAAGGAUGGUGUCCUCUGCAGGGUUUGCCUUUGUGGGAGCUCAGUGUGUUGCCAGUGCCCUGCCUUGGAUCAUACGGAGACGAGGAAGGUCCUGCUUGGGGAUCAUACAGAGAGCUUAGGGCUGUGCAUGAGAGUGACCACCUCUGAGCUGUGGGAUGUCCCAGGCAUGCUUCAUCACUUCUCCUGCUUGUGUCCUUGGUCUCCUUCAGAGGCAGAGCUUGCCCAAGUGUGGUGAGGCUUUUCUUGGAGUGAGGUGGGAUGCUGGGUCUCAAGACAGAAGAAGAAUGAUCCCACACUGGCUCCCUUGAUGGCCCCCCACCCCUGACAGACAGUUGGGUUAGGUUGUUUUUGUUCCUGCUUCUUUUCGCCUUGCCAAAGAAAUCAUUGUGACUAACUCCUCAUCAUAUGUGUUUGACAGUGUUUCUGGGAUCAGGUCCUUCUCAUGAAAACAAAAAUAAUCCCUGUUGUCUCCCCUCCCAGCUAUCCCUUAACAUACGUAAGUGUUCAAGAAAGCCAGGAAUGUAUUUUAAUUCAGAUCGUUAUUAAUAAGUUCAGGAGCUAUGAGUUUUCCCCUUUCACUCAAAAUGAAUUAUGUCUUGGAGAGAAAUAUAUCCAUCUUACAAAGUUUUAGUCCAGUGGGACACCUCUUAAUUAAAUUAACCAGUGAAAAGGAAAUACUUGUAAUAAGGGUGCAAGAUAAAUAUUUGUGCCGUGCACAUUCUAAUUUAUCACAGCCUUUAAAGAGUCCAUAAGGUUUGUUUUCCUUCACUGAAAUGUGACGCAUUCAGAUAUCAGUCUCAUUUAUAAAGUAGUGUGUGCCACGAGGGAUACCCCCCUGUGUGCUAAGGGUGUUGGCCUGUGAAUGAUAUACUGCAGCUCAGAGGUCUGCAAGGUGAAGAUGAGUAGCCCUGAAAUGAAAACCCUAAAUUUAACAUUACCCAGAGGAAAAACAGCCCUGAUCUGACUCGAGGGUGGAGGCACAGCUGCACAGUCCUGAUGUAUUGCCACGUGGCAGUGAUGCUGCUAAUUUUGAGGGAGGGAGGUGAAAGCACCCACCCUCCAUCCAUCAAUCUGCAUUGAUUUACCUAGGUGGUACCAUGAUGAUGCACAGAGAAACCAUGAGUGGGCAAAAUAUUUAAGUGCAAACCUAUUUAUAAAGCACCUGAUAGGUUGAUUUCACAGACAGUCCUUUUUAUGCUUGCCGUUAUGUUCAUGAUUAAAUAUGUGAUGGGUUACUUUCAUUGCUAUAGGUAACUUCUAUCCCUCUUUGGUUCUAAUUUAGCUUGGAACUAAAAUACAGUUCACAUACACAUACCUUGGUUCAUGCAUUUACCUUCUCUAAUGCACGUAGUGCUAUGCACAUACACACAGAUGUAGAAGAUAGGUAAGCCAAAUAUUAAAUGACAUAGCUUUAUGCUAUACAUUUAAUGAAAUUUAAAAGGGGUUGGUAUAUACAUUUCUGCCUCACAAAACUGGAGGUAAUCAUUCUGAAGGAAUAAAAGCUAAAAUAAAAACAAAGAAGUACAAUUAUUCCAAGAAAUAGUCUGCAGAGAUAAAGAUGUAGCAUUAGAACUGAAAUUAAUAAGGCAAAGUCAUACCAAUGCGUUUCUCAUUGUAGAAAAGCUUUAAUUAAUUGUGAACUCAGAUUGCAGCAUUUCACAUGCCAAACUAUAUGAUGAUUUCUGGAUCUUUAGCUGAUGCACUGUAUUAUGUUUGACUCACAGGAGACUAUAGAAACAAAAUUUUGAACAAAAAAAAAAAGAGUUCAUGGGGAAAG